AAGGUGAAGGUGAUACCCAGAAGAAAAAGUUAAAGAGCGGUAUAUUGGACGGUGAUGGUAUAGACUGUUAAUGUUGAUGCAGUCUUAAUCGGACGAUCUGAAUAGGUACAUGACUUUCUCUGUCGCGAUUCGUUUCGAUUUCGUCGAGUCAAGUGUGUUCGAAGGGUUGAUUCCGAAUAAGAAAAAUGGGCCGCGGGCUAUGGACUAGUUGUACGCGGGAAAGUAUGGUGAUGGUGUGUUUUUAUUUACUGUGUAUUGUGCUUACCGGAAUUUACGCUCAACAAUCAACGAGUCGAAAAAAAGAGCCACAAUCUGUAGCAGAAUUAUUCAACACAACUUCCUGUAUUCCAAAACCAUAUAGAUGUCCUCAUAAACAGAUACAAUUUUUCCUGUAUACAAGGAGGACGCAAAAGAAACCAGAACUUUUAGAUACAACCAAAGAGGAAUCACUAUUCAAUAGCCAAUUCAACAGAGCGUAUCCUACCAAAAUCGUCAUUCAUGGAUUUGGUGGAGGUAGAAUGUACGCACCUAGUACAGAUAUGCGAGACGCAUAUUUCUACAGGGGAAACUACAAUGUUAUUAUCGCUGAUUAUAACACUCUUGUUAAAGAACCUUGUUUGAGUCAAAUGGCGUGGGCUCCUCGCUUCUGUGCAAAAUGCAUAGCCCAGCUCGUAGAUUAUCUAUCCCGACAUCCCAGAGGGGUUAAAGCCGACGAUCUCCACCUGAUUGGUUACAGUGUUGGUGCACACAUCGGUGGACUUGUGGCCAAUUACUUGGAUCCCGAAAAGCAUGGAAAAAUCGGAAGGAUCACAGGUUUGGAUCCCACAAUAUUUUUCUACCAGGGAACUAACUCAUCGAGGGAUCUGGAUCCUUCUGAUGCACACUUUGUAGACGUUCUUCAUACAGGAGCUGGAGUUCUAGGACAAUGGGGUCCUACAGGACACGCAGAUUUUUAUAUCAACGGAGGAUCUAGUCAACCUGGCUGCCGAAGCGAUACUAUUUUUAAUACACUAGCGUGUGAUCACACGAAAGUAACGCCAUAUUUUAUAGAAUCCAUCGUCACCAAAAAGGGCUUCUGGGCAUAUCCUUGUCCUUCUCUUAUCAGUUUUAUGAUCGGAUGGUGCAGCCCGCAGGAUUCGGAGUAUGUACUAAUGGGGGAACAUAUUUCACACAACGCAAGAGGAAGCUACUACGUCAAAACAAACCCGAAACCACCAUAUUCUUUAGGACCUCCGGAACAUCUUAAAGUAAAAGCAUUGCAGUACAUAAAAAAUCUUCCAAAAACAAGGUGACAGCAGUACAUGUGAUAAAAAGUAAACUAGUUGAGAUAAUGGUUACCUUACCUAAUACAAGUCAAAUCGAGUUUUUUAAAUGUACAUAUUUCUUGUGUAGAUCUAAAUCAUCAUAUCCUUUUAUUAUACCUCAAAAAUAAGAAGAAGGUAAAAUUCCAAAUUAACUUUUUAACAAGAUUUCAUCUACAAGAUAAUGAGUAUUGUUUGCAAUAAAAAGAAAUUAGCUUGUAAGCAAAAAAUGAAAGUACACAAUGUCACCACGAAUGCCAUUUACAACUGAUUUUACAAAUUAAAUACUUUAGCAACUAAAAGAAAAACGAAGUUAACAAAUUGUAAUAUUCUAAUACGUAGCAAAAUGAACAGAAAAACGAGGCAAAAGCCAAUAAUACAAACAGAGAAGUGGUAACUUACGAAGUGUUGGAAAUAUUGAAGAAAAGGAAUUUACACUGCAGAUAAAGGGAUUGUAUGACCAAGUAGGCUUUUUAAAUUAAUAUCUGGUCUCUGAGAGAUCUUUUGUUAUGCCCCAUAUCUUUGUUUGUGGCUUUCUGAUUGGUUAUUAGCAUAUGCAAUUGAGCCUCUUGUGGGUCAAGACUUUGCUUCAAUAAGUUCUCGUCGCACAGUCGCACCACUCAUUCACUUGCUGGGUCUUUUUGGAGCUAGGCACUUCUUGUUGAGCUUAUCGCUUUUCAGUGGUGUCUCUUUAUUAUCGGAAGUAUGUUCUGUAGCGGGAUUCAAUUCCCUCAAUGCUCUUGAGCGAUUCUCACGAGAAACUUCGGAUGAUCACUUCCGACAGAGCCAUCAUUAUUCUUCUGGAAGAAUACUGAUGGAACCUGGCUGUCCUGAUACCCGACGCUGAGCUACUCUUGGUUUACGUCAGAACAAUAUUACAGAAUAGCUUCGCAAUUACAGUAUUGUUAUUUGUUAAAACCAAUAUCAGUAUAGUUGAGUACCUAGUUAAGAUAGAAACAAAACUACAGUGGGGUCAACAAGUCUCGUUUGAACAGGCCGAUUUGAUUAGAAUAUUUUUAGUUUCGACAUUGUUUUCACCUGGUACUUGAAAAUGAACUUUAAUCUUUGAUUAUGCCACUAUUUUUAUAAAAAAAACUGUUUUAAAAUGUAAAAAUAUUUAUAUUUCUUAUUCGCGUGAUAUUAAUUCCAUAAAUGUAAAGUUUAUAGUAUUAAAUUAUACAUUCAACAAAAAAAGACUUUCGUUAGUUCACAAUGGCCUUUUUCUUAUUUUUAUUUCUAAUUAAACAAGAAAAUUGAUUUGACUUGUAUAAUUUAGUGUUAACGUCUAGUCAAAUGAAAGGUGUUAAGUGUAAUUAUAAGCAUGAAAGUUAACUGUGAGAAUAUUUUUAUUGUAACAUAAAAUGAAAUAUUAGUAAAUAAACAGUAGAUAUAUAUGCACAAACCAUUUACAGAUAUUGGCGUGUAACUAUUUAGAUUUUAUGAAGACUUAAAGUCGAAGUAUAAAUAAAAUUGGCAUUAAAUAUUUAAUGACUGUUUAUAAUUUUAUAGUGUUAUACUGGUGAAAUUUAUUAAGUAUGUCAUAUUAAUUAUUAUCAUUUCUUAGAGUAACAUAAGGGCAUCAAUUUGCCAGGUAAAGCGCUAAAAUUACUACAAAAAUCGUCACAGAAAAAAUGUACUAUACUGAAGUUCACAUUCAGAUGGCAGCAUUACAGAGAUACGCCUGUGCUUUCUAUACGGCAGAAAUAAUUACAAUGUUGUCAAAGUUUUUAAUCAUACGUUAUGGGCUGGCUCCUAUAAAAGAAUUAUAAUUUCGGAAAUAUUUAUGAAUGUAAAGUGGAAAAAUACUACACUUUUGUGAACUUAUUUUUGAGAUUGGCCCUACUUACUUUAGGAAAGUAGCAAAAUUUACAAUGGCAGUAGAAUUAACAACACUCUUAUACUAUAUCGAUAAUUAUGUAAAUAUGUUAUCGACAUUUUUAAGGAAAAUUGAGUAAGGUAGUUACAUAAAAGUCCAUGUGCUAGAGGUAGAUGAUACAGUUAGAGUAAAAAAACUAAAUAUCUCCAGGUUUAUGGUAGGGGAACCCAAGCGCAGUUACUCGAGCACGUCAGAAAAUCAUAUGGAGAGAAACCUUGUAUCCUGUAAAUGCACCUUUACCAUAUACGAACUCUUAAUACAGAGGAGUUCGUUAAGAGGGGUCCAAAACAAUUUAUCCUUAGAAAAACUCUAAAUCGUCAGAUUAAGAUAAGGUAAGUUAAGUACAUGCAGAACAGUGUAUAUUUCAAAAAUUUAACGAUUUGAGCGGGGCGUACCUAAGGAAAAGUGCGAGUCACAAAGUUUCACAAAAAAGCGAAUAUUUCGCGAAAUGAACGUCAGAUCGAAAAACUGAAAAAUCCGUGUUCAAUAUUUUUCAAAAAUCUAAAUACCAAACACAAACCCCCACACAGAGGGGUGGGGGCUUACUUUAAUAUUUCAAAUAGUAACCCGGCGAUAUUUCGCAAAAUAAACAUCAGGUCAAAAAACUGAAAAACACGUGUUAAAUAUUUUUUAAAAAUUUAUCGAAUAACAUCAAACACGACCACCCACGGAGGUGGGGUGGGGAUUACUUUAAAAUCUUAAAUAGGAGCCCCCAUUUUUAUUGCAGAUUUGGAUUCCCUUCGUAAAAAUAACUUUUAUUUGAGACGUUUUUUUGAAUUAUGAAUAUAAAUAUGGCGCUAUAAUCGGAAAACACGAUUGUUGGAAAAGGAAAUUUAGAUUAAAAAUGGAAAGUCCCCACUAAAAUGGAAAACUUAUUUUGGUAAGUCCUAAUCUUCACAACCCAACAGGUCCCCAUAACGCUCGAGUAACUGCAAAUUUAGCAUACUUGCCUCUUCUACUAUUACACAGUGAACAAGUACUCAAUUCUAUAUUCUUUAUAACCACGAAAAUCUUUUUCUUAUGGAUUAUCCUCAACGGUGAUGAAGUAGAUUGUUAAAGUACCUAUACUUACUUAAGAGUGUUCCGAACUAGAUACUUUUGUAAAAAUUAAAGAUUUUAGAACUAGAAAGUCAUGUAAAUAAUGAUGGGAAGAUAUUCUAAAAUUGUAGAACAUAAAGAGAACUAUCUAUUUGCAUGUCAUAUAUUUUACAAAAGCAUUUGAACGAAGAACGAAUUAAAAUUGGAAAUAUGUUAUAUCUGUGAUACAGCAGAAAUAAACCCAUAAACACGAUUCAUAAUAAUCGAAAAUAUAUUUAGAUUUAUGUACAGGUCCGUAUUAAGAAUAAAACAAUCAUACUUAUCCCAUGUAAAGAGGUGUAUGGGAAAUGAAGAUUUCUUAUAUCCAUCGUUUAGUGGAUUUGAGUCAAAAAUCGAUGACAAAACAUGAUGAGUAGGUAUAUAGGGUGAGUCACCACUAACGGGAUGAAGACUACAGCGAAAUGGUAAAAGAUUUGAAAAAAAUUUUAAAUUAGUAGUUUGUAAGUUGAUAAAAUCUACAUUCUAAAAUUAUUUUCAAAUAUACAGGCAGUCCCAAUAAAUGGCGGCGUAUCAAAGUUAUAUUUUUUCUUAUGGAACACCCUAUAUUUUAUUCCAUUUUUAAUUGUCCGCAAAAAAUAAAGUAUAGUUUCAUAAAGCUUCCCUAUACCUAUGUACAGAGUGUUCUGAGUUAUGUUGACUUUUAUUAAAAUGUAAAGUUUUAAAAGAAGGCUUAUUCUCAAGUUAUUUAAGAAAUUAUAAAAAAAUUACUUUUACAUUUAAAUAUUUCAAUAUUGGUUGAAUGUAUUUCAUGAUUAAUUAUUACACAUUUAUUUACAGGGUGUUCAAAAUUUACAGUUUCAUUAUUGGAUUAUUUAAUGUGUCAUAUGAUUCUUAUUUUAAAAGAAAUACCAUGUAUAUUAUUAAAUAAUUAUACUAAACAAUUUUAUCUCUUUCGAAUGGUAUAUGGAUGUCCUAUACCUUGGUCUUAUAGUUUUUGCGUAAUUUACAAUUAUUUAAAUUCUUAAUCUGUAAAUCAAUUUUAAAACAAAAGAUGUAGUUAAUUAAUGGCAUUGUAUGACAUUGUCACCUUAUGACAGUACGGUCUGGUAAUUAUUUUAUAAUUAUUGUAUUCCAUGAUUGAUUAUUACACAUUUAUUUACAGGGUGUUCAAAAUUUACAGUUUCAUUAUUGGAUUAUUUAAUGUGUCAUAUGAUGCUUAUUUUAAAUAAAACACCAUGUAUAUUAAUAAAUUAUUGUACUAAGCACAGGUUCCUCUUUCGAAUGGUAUAGGGAUGUUCUAUAACUAGGAGUCAUAGUUUUUGCGUAAUUUAAAAUUUUCUUAAACGGUAAAUUGAUUUUAAAAAUAAUAUUUAUAGUCACUCUCGAUUUUUAAACUGUACGAAACAAAUGUUUGUUUACUGUAUCAUAAUGAAAUAAAAAUUAUGUCUAUUUACUAGACCAUUAUUAUGAAAAGUAGGUAUAUUGGUCUGUAUACAAUACAUUGAAAAAAAUCAGGAUCUUCUAUAAAGUCUAAAGUCCAUAAACGAUAAGUUAAAUAUUUAUCAUAGUCUUGUUUGGUCUAAUACUGGUGUAGUUCGUAGUUGAGUUUUAUACGGAUAAUAGUGAUUUCUCUUAAGUAUUCUAACAGUCGUUUGACUGAUUUACAAUUCACCCGAAAUUUUUUCUUUACUAGUAUUUGGGUUUUCCGUAACAGAAAGCAGGACAUCAACCUCCUUGACGUCAUCACAAAUAACUGGUUUAUUUUUAUUUAACUUUCCGUAUACAACAUUACCAGUAGCACGGAAUCUAUUGAAAUCUCUCAAAAACGUCCUUUUUUGGGUGUCUUCUAUCAGGAUACUUUUGAGCGUAAACUUAAGAAGGUAAGAUACAAUUUUGCAAACACUCCCCAAUGCAAAGUAUCAUGUCUACUCUUUCGUAGAUAACGUGAUUAUUCAGUUUUAGGAACAAUUAAAUUUAAAUAUCAUACUCGAAUGUUUAUAUUUUUGAUAAUUACCAGACCGUACUGUCAUAAAAUGACGAUGUCAUACAAUGAGAUAUAUCUUUUGUUUUAAACUCGAUUUACAGAUUAAGAAUUUAAAUCAUUGUAAAUUAAGCAAAAACUAUUAGACCUAGGUAUAGGACAUCCAUAUACCAUUCGAAAGAGGUGACUCCGUUUAGUAUAAUGGUGAUUAAUAUACAUGGUGUUCCAUUUAAAAUAAGCAUCAUAUGACACAUUGAAUAAUCCAAUAAUGAAACUGUAAAUGUUGAACACCUUGUAGAUAAUUGUGUAAUAAUUAAUCAUGGAAUAAAUUCAACCGAUAUCCAACUAUUUAGAGGUAAAAGUAUUUUUUUCAUAAUUUCUUAAAUAACUUGAGAAUAAGCCUUCUUUUAAAACUUUACAUUUUAAGAAAAGUCACCAUAACUCAGAACACUCUGUACAGAGGUAUAGGGAAGCCUUAUGAAACUAUACCUUAUUUUUUGCCGACAAUUAAAAAAUGCAAUAAAAUAUAGGGUGUUCCAUAAGAAAAAUAUAACUUUGAUACGCCGCAAUUAAUUGGGACACCCUGUAUAUUUAAAAAUAAUUUUAAAAUGUAGAUUUUAUCAACUUGCAAACUACUAAUUUAAAAUUUUUUUCAAAUCUUUUACCAUUUCGCUAUAAUCUUCCGUCCCGUUAGAGGUGACACCCUGUAUAUCAAACCAGAGAAAAACCUGGGUUCAGAAUAUAAUUUUGAUAUAACUUCAUACAUUUAAACAGAGACGCUGAUCAAAUACUAGUAAUGGAUUUAUUAAUAAAAAAAAUGAUGAAUAUAAUAAAUAAUAUUGUACUAUUUCUACCAAACGUUGAUAAAGAUCAAUGCCUUACAAAAACUCUAAUUUUCAUUUAUAUUCUAAUCAAAAUAUUAUGAUGUUUCAUAGAGAGACAUAUAAAACUGUUCAAUCAAAGUUGUAAAAUGUUUAAAAAACUAUAUUGGAAGCAAACGGAAAAAUCUCUGAUCUCGUCUCUGCAAAUCGUGUCUGAUGAGAACAAAAAUUUGAAAUAUAUCUCAAUUUAUCCAUUAAUACAAUGGGCACGUAAAGGUUGGAAUAAUAUAAUUUUUUCAUGAAUGGGCGAUUUUGUAACUAAAUACCGAAAGAGGUCGAAUUUUAUUUUUAAAUUAUCAUUUUUUGGCACAUAUAUUAUAUUAGUGACGUCAUCCAUCUGGGCUUGAUGACGUAAUCGAGGAUUUUUUAAAGGAGAUCAGAAGUCGUGUGCUAGCUCAUUUGAAAGGUUAUUCAAUUCUCUAUAAGCAUUAACAUAACUAUUUAUACAGGGUGCUCAAAAAAAAUUUUCGAAUUAAAAUUAUUGAAACAAAAAGAAAAAUGUAUGUUUAUUUCACAGAUAAACAUUGUUUUUUUGCUUAAAUUAAAUGUUAAAAAUGCCAGAAGGCAAGUGGGUGGCAACUUUAACAUUGAAUUUAACCGAAAAAACAUAUUUAUUUGUCAAUUUUUUUUUGUUUUUUUAUUUUCUGGCAGCAGUAAAAUAUAUUUUUAAUUAACUAAAUUACAUACAUUCUUCUUUUUGUCUCAACUAAUUAAAUUAAAAAAAAGAUUUUUGAACACCCUGUAUAAAUUAAAAUGUAAAUGUUUAUUACUGAAUACAUAAUUGAAUAAUCUUUAAAAUGAGCAACCACACGACUCCUAUUCUCAUUAAAAAAAAAUCAAUCUGUUUCGGGAUAUAUUUCAAAAAUCACCCAUUCACGAAAAAAUUUAGUUCGCUUACUCUAUAAUAUUUAAUUCCCAAAAACGAGCAGAAAUAUAAACAUUCACUUUCUUUGGGUACAUUCACACAUAGGUAUUUCAGGUAAUGAAAAGGUCGAUACCCUAGCACUUAAAGCAACUACUGACGAACACAUUGAUAUUAUCCAAAGAAUUCCAAUCGCAGAUAUCAAUUUGAAUAUCAAGCAAUAUUGUAUACAAGUUUGGCAUCAUUGUUAGGAUUUGAAGAGCUCAAAGCUCAAAGAGAUCAAACCUUACAUCAAUCUCCAGCUCCAGCUCCCUGAAAAGAGAAGAGAACAAGUGGUAAUAAACCGAUUGGGCAUACAACAUUAUCCCAUAAGUACUUAAUAACGAAAGAGCUACCACCACAAUGCUCAUACUGUAGAUGCUUGAUAACAGUCCAGCACAUUCUUACAGAAUGUCCACUUUACUCGUAUGAACGAAGCAUCAACAACAUUUCUGAAGAACCAAGUCGGCAAGUCAGCUGAAGAAUAUAUUAAAUUAUAAUUUAUCCAGUGCAAUUAUCUUAAGGAUAUAAAUUUAUUUUAUAAAAUGUAAUAAUUAUAUUGUAAUUGUUCAACAUCCGCUAAUAACCUUCCAUGGUUGAUGCGGCUUUAUGUAAAAAAAAAUUCUCAAAAACGCCAUAAUUACUAAACAAACCAGUACUUCCAAGUGAUUUUAAAAUUAAAUCUACUAAGUGAAUGUACUUUGUUGACAAAAUGAUUAAAAAAGAUAAAGCCACUACAACUACCGCAAAAAUUAAAUACAUUUCUCUCAAUGGUUUCAAUAUUUAUUCAACUACAUAGUUAAUCAGAAUAGUAAGCAGCUUGACUUAUUUCAUAUUUUAAAAUGUAUUUUUAUAGAAAGUAUUACGCGAAAAAAGACGACUAUUGUAAAUAGAAUUGCAGGGGCCUUAAAAAACAUUUUUAUUCGACUCCUAAUGACAACUAAAAAUUUUUGGGGUGAUGUUUGCAUUGCGGACAGUUUAAACCAAAAUCGAGGUAUUUUGUUAAAGACAAUAUUUGUAUUAUAUUUUAUAAUUAAUAUGAUGUAUCUGAUUAAUAAGUUCUUCUCUUUUUUAAAUUUAUAUUUCUAUCAUUUAACAGUCAUUAAAUACUAUAUUAUUAGGGCCAGUCCAAUGCAGAUGCCAGAAACCAUUUCAAUUUUGUAAGGUGAAAGUUAUUCCAGUUAUUAUUGUGUAUAUGUAAUUUAUAGUAUAAUAAUUGUGGGCAAAUUAUUAAUUAUGUAAAUGUGUAAUAAACUUGAUGCAAUCGAA